AUGCCGUGUUCUUUGGCCGACGUGAGGUCGGCCGCCAUUGACGGCAGGGCGCAGAACGCGUUCUUCAAGAAAGAGCAGCUGAAGAAGCUUCACGAAACGCUAGUGGAGAACGUGUCGCAGAUUCAAGAUGCAAUCUCCAGUGAUACCGGGCAUCGACUCUCGGAGGUGAAGCUUGAGUACUGCCUUGCGCUAGAGUGCGUGGCGAAGUGCUUCGGUGCGAUCGACCCAAAGAGCUCACUACACGACGAGUAUGCUGUUGCGCGAUCCGAGGACGCACCUGAUGCACGAGAGGCAGUGGGCAUCAUUGUUAUCGAGCCCACGACGCACACCUUUCUUUUCAGUCUCGUCUCAGCACUCGCGCCGGCGCUCGCUGCUGGAAACUGCAUCAUUGUGGAGCAGACGAUGCUCAAGACUCCCCGAGUUGUUCUUGACAUCAUUAGUCGAGCGCUGGAUAGGGACAUCUUCCACGUCACGAGCAAGCAACUGUCUGAUGCCGAGAUCGACCACCGACACAUUCGGGUCCUCCAGAGUGGCACGAGCAAUGCAAGCCUGGGUGGCCAAAUCGUUUCGCAAGCUGAAUCGCGAGUAGUUGCAGUCAUCGAGCGAGAUGCCGACCUUCAGGCUGCAGCGGAAGCCAUCGUCAGAGCACGAUUCAGCCUUGGAGGACGAUCGCCAUACGCUCCGGACCUGGUGCUUGUCAACGAGUGGGUCAAGAAGAAGUUCUUGACCGCUGUCACGCAAUGCGCUGUCCGAUUUGCCCCUGACACGACAGAAACGCUUUCAAAGGCCGAUCAGCAUAAGCACGGACUUGCCAACAAAGUUGUCGAGGAAAGACGUUGCCGUGUCAUCAGCUCAGAUGGGUCUGGGCUGAUCGUCGAUGUCGAAGACAGAGCAACGUUUCUCCUGCAAAGCAAAGUGAAGGAGGCUUGCAUAGCAGUUUACGGCAUUCGCAGUAUGGAUGAUGCUAUUGACAUCGCCAGCAGCCAUGGCCGACACUUAGCUUUAUAUGUCUUCACUGCAAUGCCAGCUGCAGCAAAGUACAUCGCCCAGUUUAUCGACACGGAUGUCGCCUUUAUCAACCAGAUUCCUGUCGAGAUCCUCUUUGGACCAGCAAACCCCGGAGGCAAAGUUCUGCUCCGGACCCAUGCCGAGCGGUACGAUGCGACCCAGUUCUCGCUACCCAGUCCUCAAUACGCGUCUCAUACGAAGGACGGCCAAAUGUUAAGCUCUCUGCUAUCGGACGUUUCGUCACGCGAGCUGCGCAAGCUCGAGCAAAAGGCCAUGGCCCCACUGCCAGAGGUCAAGCGUAAGAACUGGAGGACCAUCGGCUUCUUUGAGCAGGGGAUCUUGAUCGGUGGUUCACUUCUCCUCACCACUGUCAUUACAUGCACUGUUGUCCUCUGCUAUUACACCGUCAAAUUCGUCAGGCCGGGUCAUUAG